AUGCCCAAUUUGAGAUUGCUGCUUUUGGUUUUGGCUGUUUGGAGAGUAGGCGAUUGGUGUUCCGCAGAGGAGCCCCAGGCUGAGCCUGAAUCGGAACCUGAAGCCAAGUCCCUACCAGAACCCGAGUCCAAGCCUGAUCCUGAACCAAGCUGCAAUAUCUGGUACAGGAACUAUCAGUGGACUCUCCAGGAUUGCCUUUGUCGACCUUUUCAAAACGAAUUUCUUAUGGAUAUAGAAAAUGACAAACGCGUUGAAGGCGGUCAAAAACCUCUUGUACCUGUCUCGGAGGACCUUUGCAUAAAUUUUAUUCCCGAAAAGUGUCCGAUAGGAUUUCCUGUGGUGGCCUUAUUUCCUGUUCCAGCUCCUUGUGGAUGCAAUGGUAAAAAAGGAUCCAUUGAAACGAAACGCUUUUACAGUCUAAAUCAUCUUCUUAAAUUCUCGGCAGAAAAUCGAAAACCAUUUUUGAGUUAUUCUUAUAUUUGGCCGGUCUAA